UCAAAUCUCUGACAAGCUGUCAAUUUCCUGUGUAACUUUUAAUAUUUUCCGAUCUCAAUCCAAUUUUCUCAAUUGAAUACGGUUUCCACCCAAGUCCUUGGAAGAAAAGAGGAUUUGAGAACCUCAUAUUUGCGUGAAAAUGAGGUGUGUCGUGAAAGGCUGCGAGUCUAAAUCAACGGGACCCGACAAGGUAUCCUUUUUUAGAUUCCCAAAAGAAAACAGCCAUGAAUGGAUUGCGAACUUAAGGCCAUUCGCGCCCGGCGUGAUAAAUGCAGAUAAUGAUCGUGUCUGUGAAAAACAUUUUGAAAAGGAAUCGAUCAGAAUUGUGCAUGGGCGAAAGAUCUUAAAUGUGAACGUGAACCCAACGUUAUUUGAACUCAGUCUGUUGAGAUACUCUAAAUCAGAGAGGAAAGAAAAUAAUUCAAAUCCAAGUUUGGUGAGCAAAUUUUGA